AUGCCUCCACCUGCCCCUAUUGUUCCCGAGGGCUGGAAAGCCGAAUUUGAUGACCGAUAUCAGGAAUGGUACUAUGUCAAUCUUCACACCGGACGCUCGCAAUGGGAACGGCCAGACCGGCCAGCCCAGCCUGAUGGCGCGGCUCCCCCUCCGAAGGGUCCCCCGCCCAGUUACGAGGCCACCACGCGUGAUCGACAAGAUCCAGAUCCACGAGCUCGGGAUCGUCCGGAUGCCUACUACUCCUCCCCGCGACCUGCUUCGCAGUCCAACUAUAUGCCGAAUCGAGGGGAAGCAGCCUAUGGCUACCCGCAGCCCCAGUACGGGUACAAUGGCUACGGCUAUAAUCCUGCGUAUCCCCCGCAACCUGCCUACCCCAAUCAGUAUCCCAAUGCAUACCAGAACGGCUUCGAUCAAGCCCAAGCCCCGCGCAAUCAGAAGCAGAAGAAAGGCAUGGGCAAGAUGGGGGCCGCUGCCCUAGGAGUGGGCGGAGGAUUGCUGGGAGGAUUUCUGCUCGGAGAAGGCAUCGAGGCGUUGGAGGAUGAUUUUGAUGGUCCACCACCGCCAGGACCGGACUUUGACGACUUUGGAGGAGGUUUUUAA